GUGUUCAGCGGUGGCCGCGCACUGUUUUGUUGGUGAAGCAUUGUUCCUUUACAACUGGGAGCAAUGCUUGAUUGGCUGGGUGUCCUCCAGCUGAUUACUUUUGCCCAAUCCCAGAGCAAAGCGCUUAGUGGGCGGACAGAAACACAAGUUGUUCCCAUCACGUUGUGCACAUGGAGAAGGAUGUGACUUCGCCACACCCAGCUGAUCCAGCGUUCUAGUUUGAAGGCGCAGCUUGUGUAACAGCUGGAACAGCCAGUGGUACCGGCUGCAACUAAGAAGGCGGCGCAUGCUGGACGGCCUGUUUGAGUUGUGAUAGUGGUCGACUGAACAACUCCGUUCUAUGUCGACUGUCGACACUCAGGCUAGCCGACGGAGGCCGAAUGUGUCCACUUUGAAAAUGGGUUUGUUUCUUUACGUAGCUGGUCCUGUCAAGCCUACCGAGGUCACAAUCAACGAGAAUGUAAUACACUGUGAGGGCCUGAACAACCAGAGCUAUGUGUGUGAAGUGGGCCACUGCUGCGGCAACACGCAGUGCUGCAGCUACUACUACGAACUCUGGUGGUUCUGGUUGGUGUGGGCCAUCAUCUUCAUCCUAAGCUGCUGUUGUGUGUGCCACCACCGCCGCACCAAGCACCGGCUGCAGCAGCAGCAACGCCAGCACGAGAUCAACCUCAUCGCCUACCGGGAGGCCCACAACUACAACUCCAUGCCCUUCUACCUAAGGUUCCUCCCCAGCUACCUGCUCCCAGACUACGAGGAGGUGGUGAACCGGCCGCCCACCCCUCCUCCCCCCUACAGCGCCCUGCACACGACCGCGGCUGCCCUGCCCAGCGGCGCCCACAGCCCGGGGGACCAGCCCAGUAGCCUCCUGCUGCCCCCGUCCCUCCAGACGUCCCCGCACGCCCCCCCGACCCCGGACGCCCUGCUGUCCUCUUCUCGGCCCAGGCCUGGCCCCGAGGAGAUCGACCCCCCGCCGGGCUACCACCAGCACAAGACCCCGGAGGAGGAGCCCGUCGUCAUCGGAGGCCUGGAGAAGCGCGGUAGCACGGGCAGCAGCGGCAGUGCCGGGGACCUGCAGAAGGAGCCUCUGCUGGGGGGGGAAAUGCAGCAGCAGCCUCCUCCUCCUCCUCCUCCUCGGGCCGUCGUUGGUGGGGAGCUCGUUGGCGGGGGUCACAGGGGCUCGCUGGAGAUCCGCGACCCCAAAGCGGAACUGGAAGGGCUGCUGAGCGCCGAGCAGGAGCGAGAUGACGACGACGACAGCGGUGGCGGCGGCAGCAGCAGCAGCAACGGUAACGGUUUCCCAGACGACUUCUGCGAGGCCUGCAGCCACCGUUGUGACACCGAGGGGCAAGUGGCCGUGGAGAGGAGAGGGGCAGAGAGCAGGGGGGUGUCCCCCUCGUCUCAGCCACACCCGCCCGUGUGCCUCCUCCUCCACACCAUCAACGAGCAGGAGACGCCGCCACACAGCUGA